AAUGGGAUCCUGGGGUGCAUCAAAGAGUGUGGCCAGCAGGACAAGGGAGGUUCUCCUUCCCCUCUACACUACCCUGGUGAGGCCUCAUCUGGAGUACUGUGUCCAGUUCUGGGCUCCCAGUUCAAGAAGGAUGAAGAGCUACUGGAGAGAGUCCAGCGGAGGGCUACAAGGAUGGUGAGGGGACUGGAGCAUCUCCACUACGAGGAGAGGUUGAGGGAACUGGGCUUGUUCAGCCUGAAGAAGAGAAGGCUGCGAGGGGACCUUAUAAAUGCCUACAAAUAUCUGAAGGGUGGGUGUCAGGAGGAUGGGGCCAAGCUCUUUUCAGUGGUGCCCAGUGACAGGACAAGGGGCAAUGGGCACAAACUGAGGCACAGGAAGUUCCGUCUGAACAUGAGGAGGAACUUCUUCCCUCUGAGGGUGACGGAGCACUGGAACAGGCUGCCCAGGGAGGUUGUGGAGUCUCCUUCUCUGGAGAUAUUCAAGACCCGCCUGGACAAGAAGAAUGCAGACCUAACCUGCACAGAAACUGUCUGGGAUGGGAUUUGUACAAAACAGUUUCAUUACAUACUUCACCCUCUAGCUUUGUCUGUACUAGAAACACUUGCUCAGACUCAGCUUCAUUCCAGACUCCUCUCCCUGACCAGCACAGGGGGAAUUGGGCAGGGAGAGUACAGUCGAGGCCCCACCGGCUCUGCCGCUGGGCUCCGCCACCGCCCCCCCGCCGUGGAGCCGCCAGGAGCAUGGCGGACGUGGAACCCCUCUCCUCUUCUCUCGCCGCAGAGCCCGGCCCGGCGGUCCCUGUCGCCCUCCCGCCACCAACACCUUGCGAGGCGCAGCCGAGACCAGCCUGAGCAGCAGGGUGUUGCGCAGGUCCGGGGGAUGCGGCGAACCUUACGGAAUGCCAUGGAUUAG